AUGGUUGUUGUAGACCACCAUGAGUAUCUCUGCGAGGAAGAGAAACGGCUGAAAGAGGACCGUGAGCGCACGAAAUACUGGAAGAAAUGGGGCCCUUACGUGGCUGAACGUCAAUGGGCAACUGUGCGCGAGGACUACUCGGACAAUGGUGACGCCUGGAGUCAUUUCUCUCACGACCAGGCCAGGUCGAGAGCCUACCGCUGGGGUGAAGAUGGUAUUGCGGGUGUGUCCGACACUCAUGGGCUCCAGAACGUUGCCUUCGCGUUUUGGAACGAGAAGGACGACUUUCUGAAGGAGAGGCUCUUUGGCCUCAGCAAUCCCCAGGGCAACCACGGUGAAAGUAUCAAGGAGGCACACUUCCAUCUGGAUAACGUUCCCACGCAUUCAUACAUGAAAUACCUCUACAAGCUCCCUCAGAGGCGGUUUCCCUACGAGGAGUUGAUCAAGGAAAAUGCGAAACGUGGGAAGCUUGAGCGCGAGUUCAACAUCAUCGACUCGGACGCUUUCAAGGAUAAUCGCUACUUCGACAUCUUUAUUGAAACUGCAAAAGAGACGGACGAUCCAGAAGAGUUGCUUUUUCGAGUGACCGCAUACAACCGUGGCCCGGAACCAGCUCCGUUACAUAUCAUCCCUCAUAUGUGGUUCAGGAACACUUGGUCUUGGGGCCGCGAGCCUGAAAAGCUCAAACCCAAUAUUCGCAUGGUGGGACCGAUGACCGCACAGUCCAAACAUCACAAGCUGGGUCAUCGCUUCUUCCAGCUGUCUCCGUCACCGGGCUGCGGUCCAAAUGCUGAUGAUGUUCAUCCACAACUCAUGUUCACGGAGAAUGACACCAAUCUUCAAAAGCUCUACGGUGUUAAGAACAAGCAACCCUAUGUUAAGGAUGCUUUCCACCGGUGGAUCGUCGAUGAAGAGAAGGGAGCCAUCAAUCCUCGCUGCUCGGGCACGAAAUGUGCUGCUUGGUAUGACUUCGGCCAAGGCGACGGAGUCCCUCCUGGGGAGUGCGCUGUUGUCAGAUUCCGCCUGUCGCGCAAAUACGACGGCUACCUUAACGAGGAGCUUCUGGACGACAUUAUGGAGCAACGGCGGCAAGAGGCCGACGAGUUCUACUACAGAAUCAGCCCCCUUCCCAUGGCCGAAGAUCUGAGGAACAUCCAGCGCCAGGCCCUUGCCGGCAUGCUCUGGUGCAAACAGCACUAUUACUUCAUCUGGGAUCAGUGGGCGAACGGCGACCCUAACAUGCCACCUCCCCCGGAGAACCGCAAGAACAUCCGGAAUCAGCAUUGGAAGCACAUGUACCUCGACGACAUCCUGUCGAUGCCCGAUUCCUGGGAGUAUCCAUUCUUUGCAGCUUGGGACUCAGCUUUUCAUUGUAUCCCACUUGCGAUGGUCGACCCAGAAUUUGCCAAGAAGCAGCUCGAUCUAUUCACCCGCGAAUGGUACAUGCACCCCAACGGGCAGCUUCCGGCCUACGAGUGGAACUUUGGCGACGUCAACCCUCCUGUGCAUGCAUGGUCCGUUUUUCGGACCUUCAAAAUUGAACGGAAAAUGUAUGGGCGACAGGAUCUAGAUUUCCUCGAACGCGUUUUCCAGAAAUUGCUGCUCAACUUUACAUGGUGGGUCAAUCGUAAGGAUUAUGAAGGCAAAAAUGUGUUUGAAGGUGGAUUUCUGGGCCUUGACAACAUUGGCCUGUUCAACCGUUCCGAGCCUCUACCUACCGGCGGAGUCCUGGAGCAAGCCGACAGCACAGGGUGGAUGGCAUUCUACUGCCUCUGCAUGUUGAACAUUGCCCUGGAACUCGCCAAGCAUAGACGAACAUACGAGGACAUUGCGUCGAAGUUCUUCGAGCACUUUCUUUUGAUCUCCGACGCCAUGACAUUCCGUGCGGGAGGUGAAGAAAACAGCUUGUGGAAUGAGGAGGACGGAUUCUACUACGACGCCAUCUCGUGGGGCGGACCGUGGACCCAGCAAAUGCGUGUACGGUCUCUCGUCGGCCUCAUCCCGCUCUACGCGGUCCUGACCUUGGAGCCGGAGCUGAUCAACAGAUUUCCCAACUUCAAACGGCGAAUGGAUUGGUUCAUUGAAAAUCGACACGACGUUGCAGAACGUAACAUUGCUUCCAUGCGCAAAAGAGGCAAGGACGAACGUCUCCUUUUGUCUCUAGUCAGCAAGGAGCGGCUCGAGAAGAUCUUGAAGCGAAUGCUCGACGAGACGGAGUUCCUGUCUGAGCACGGAAUCCGCAGCUUGUCCAAGUACCACGAAGAGCAUCCCGUUAGCAUGGAUGUCAACGGCCAACAGUUCAAGGUUAGCUACGUGCCCGGUGACUCUGACUCUGGUCUCUUCGGCGGCAACUCGAACUGGCGCGGCCCCAUCUGGAUUGCCGUGAACUUCUUGCUGGUCGAAUCACUCCUGCGGUACUACAUGUUCUAUGGAACCUCCCUCCAGAUCGAGUGUCCCACAGGCUCAGGCGAAUAUAUGCACCUCGGACACGUUGCCGAGGAGAUCCAACAUCGACUUCAGCAUCUCAUGGUGCGGGACACUGAAGGCCGUCGCGCCGUCAAUGCAGGAAAUGAUACCCUCGACUUCGACCCGCACUGGAAAGACUAUCUCUGGUUCUUUGAAUUCUUCGAUGGUGACACUGGACGCGGUCUGGGUGCAAGCCAUCAAUGCGGGUGGACGGGUUUAAUGGCGAAAAUGAUCCACGACACAGGUAUCAACUGUCGCUUACCGCAGACGCCCCGUACACCGUCCACUGCCGCCGCACACUAUUUCGACGACAUUCUUUCCAGAGGACUUAGCAGGAAAGGUACCUUUGUUGGCACACCCAAUCCGAUGCGGCGUUCCUCGACUUCACGCUCGAUCGGCAACCGCAGCUCAUUUGUCUCCAUUACCAACGGCGACCACGCCAGUCGAGGCGCUGCGACCCCUGCCGUGAUUCACGACGUGGAUGCUCCCAACUCUUAUUUCGAGGGGGCUGAAACUACUGCGACGGACUCCGACGCUUGGGGACAAGAGGACAAGCUGGAGAAAGAACGCAGAAAGAGCAUUGCGGACAGUCACUACGACAAGUAUGUCAGCGAGCAGUUGACCAAGAUCAAGACGGAUGAAAGCACCGCAGUGUACGAGGACGAGUUUGAGGCACAGUUGGAUUAG